UGGUUAAUAUGAUCUUAUAAUAAUAAAGAUGAUUCCAAUGGAGAUAACACGUAAAACUCGUGUACUUUUGAGAAAAUAUCUCUUUAGCCUGCACCGGCACCCAGUUCGAAGUUUUUGCGAAAAGAGCUCCAAAGAGACGGCGAGCAGGGAGGAAUGGCCCAGGCGCGUGGUAACGGGCGUGCAGCCUACGGGCGCGCUGCACAUCGGCAACUACUUCGGCGCGGUGCGGCGGUGCGUUCGGCUCUUAGACCAGGGCGAGGAUCUUACUGUGUUUAUAGCUGACCUACACUCACUCACAGUUCGUCAGGAUGCGAGUGUAUUACAACGCAACACGUUGGAGCUGGCGGCGUACUUGAUAGCGAGCGGGUUGGAGCCGGCGCGCUGCGUGGUGUUCCAGCAGUCGGCGGUGCCGCGUCACGCGGAGCUGUGCUGGGCGCUGGCCUGCGUGGCCACGCUGGCGCGCCUCUCCCACUUGCCGCAGUACAAGGAGAAGGCCAAGCUGUAUAAGGAGGUGCCCGUCGGACUUCUGCUCUACCCCGUUCUACAGGCGGCGGACGUGCUGGUGUACGGCGGAACGCACGUGCCGGUGGGCCGCGACCAGUUACAGCACUUGCAGCUGGCGGCCCAACUAGUGCGCUCCUUCAACCACCGGUACGGGGCGGCCCUGCCCGCGCCCCAGCCCCUGCUGCCAGAUGACGGCAGUGAUAGAAUAUUGAGUCUUCGCGAUCCAACCAAAAAGAUGUCGAAAUCAGACACAGACCCCAAGUCGCGCGUACUGCUGAGCGACCCGGACGACGUCAUCGAGCUCAAAAUAAGGAAGGCGGUCACAGAUUUCACGCCUCAUGUGACGUACGAUCCGGAGAGUCGUCCGGGCGUGUCCAACCUGGUGCGGCUGCACUGCCUCGCGGCCGACAUCCUGCCCGAGGAGGCGGUGGAGGAGGCCGACGGGCUCAACACGGCCCAGUACAAGGCGGUGGUGGCACGUGCUCUCGUGCGACACCUGGCGCCCAUCAGGGAGCGGGCGCGCCGCCUGCUGGCCGACCCGCGCGUCAUACACGCCGCGCUACAGCACGGGGCAGCGCGGGCGCGGGCGCGGGCCGACACCACGCACGAGCGACUGGCGCGGCUCAUGGGCACCGCCCCCUUAUAUACCACCCUCGCUAGAGACGGUGGUGGUGCGGCGGGAGGGGAGCCGGCGCCGGCGCCCCGCACGCGCCGCCCAGCGGACUGCGCGACCGCAGCACCUGAGGACCGACCCACGCGCGUUGCCAAUUAGACUACUCCGUGUGUGUUUGCUUUUAAAGUUUGCGCAGGAGCAACGCGUCGAUUUGCAAAAGCGAAGAGUGAUAUUUAAUGGUAGCCAUACACACUGCGAGAAAUCGUUACGAUUAAACUGUAUCGUCCGAACGGUACACGGUAGCGUGUAUGUUAUAAAACUGCAGUGUUUCCUAUGCGUACGCCACGUACGAUAAACUGUUCCGUUCGCACUGUAGUCUGAUCGUAACGAUUUCUCGUAGUGUGUAUGGCUACCAUGAGAGGAAAGAUUUAGUAAACCGUUUUGAGAUAGUGACUGUGUUGAUAUGUACAGAAAUCUGCGAUUAUUUGUUAAAUAAAAAAACACUAUUUCGACUGUGCUCAUGGACCGCUUCGGGUGCUUCCGGGGCCUCCCGGUGGUCCGCGAUCCCACAAUUGAGAGAACCCCUGCCUUCCAGGCGUUGUUCUUCCGAGAAAGAGCACGUUUGAAACCUAUUAAAAUAGUUAUUUAUUCAACUGUUGUAUAAUGAGGGAUAUUAAAAUAGACGAAGUCGAAUUGUAUACGAGACCUUAUCUACCAUCCAUAAUAUGCAUCCUCUAUAAAAGAUUCUAAAAACAGGGAAUUCUUCGAACUUGAAAUUCAUAAACAAUUUCAUAAAUGCAUGAAUGGUAAUGAUCUUUUUUAAAAUCCAUACGCAUGCAGCAGUGAAAAUUGUGACUAUCUGAUAAGUAAACGCUUGACGCGAAAGUGAUUUAAAAAGCAAAACAAGUGUUGUUACGAACUACAACAUCUGUUUGAGUAUUAAAAUGUUUUUUUAUUACGACAUAUUUUAAUGUUGAUAACAAACUGUUUUAGAAUCUUUUAUAGAGAUGUUAAAGCAUAAUUGUCGACAAAAAUGUUUCAUUUAAUGAGUUAUGUGCGCGAAAACAUAUUAAAUAAAGCAGCAAGCAGAAUUCAUAUAGACAAAGAAAAAUACAGAGCAGUGGAAUGUGUGAUUAUUUAGAUCUUUUAUUCUAUACCUUGUAGUUUUGCCUUCACAAUUCCGCCAAUGUUACGUAGAUGAUAAGUAAGAUCAGUACUAGACAAACAUAGUUGACAAGAAAGGAAAGAGGAUAAAGUAGUAUGAUACAUGCAGUUCGUAUGAAUGGAGAAAAGCUUGGAGACCAUUAUCCUUAGCAUUAGAGGCAUAUCUGUAGUCAACAGUUUUGAUCUCUACUGCUUUAUUAGAAUGUCACUAAGAUACUUGUCCUGAAAAGCAUCAAUGGAUAUGCAAUUGACAUUUAGUUACACACAGUAAAUGGCAAAAAAGUAAGCUAAUGGACCUACAGAUGUCAUGUAUUAUGGUAUCGAAACACCAUAGAAAGUAAGUGAUGUGAACCAGGGGCGUAUUUAACAAUUAGGUUAAUAACGAAUGCCUUUACAUGGUUCCCGUCGCCUUGGGCCAUGGCCCUCUUGGCCCUAGGGUAAAUAUAUCCCCAUGAUAACUAGUCUACGCUUAUUCCUUGUUUAUUAAUACGGGUUAGUGUUUUUAGUAUCAAAACACAUACAAGUCUUUAUAAUUAUCGUAGUUACAAAUACCGAUUUCUUUUUAGUCUAGGUACUAGGUACUUGGAGAGAUACACUAUGUCACUGUCAGUCAAAUACAGAGAAAAUAAACCUUAAAACAUGAUUUGGAAUACAAUUAUAACUUUUAAACCCUAACAUUUAAAAUUCUGUUAUUUUAUGUCGCUAUUUCCAAUUAUAUUAUCCAUCAAAUGUGUAAAUCUCAUUGCCAAACAUGACAGUUGUAUACCUGUACAAAACUCCCAUAGCACCCUGCCAUUCUCCUGUAAAACUUAACGGGAUGGUACCUCGGCCAGCAGCUCGCGUAGUGUAGGGCGCACGCACCUGCACGAGGUCCCUCAGCAGGUCGACGGCCUGCGCGACGGCCUCGGCCUGCUUCUCCGCGGCGAGCGCGGUCCGCAUGGCCGCCUCGGCCAGCAGCUCG